CGUGAUGGGGCGGUCUCGUGGCGUCCGUUCCUCGCGUCUCGGACUUGCCGCUCUCGCACGGACGGUAAUCUGAUGUAGCUCGCGAUCGCUGUGCGGUGUAGAGGCGGACCUGAGCGCGCGUUCCCGAGCUAAACAUGGCAGACGUUGUGGAGGGAGACGUCCUUCGUCCGGCUGUGUCCUCGCGGAAUGGCUCCGGCGUCGGUGCGGCGACCUGCGCCGGCGGCCUCGCGACGUGUGCGUCGGGGCCCCGGCUGGUGCGCGUGGUGAAGUCCGAGUCCGGGUACGGCUUCAACGUGCGGGGGCAAGUGAGCGAGGGCGGACAGUUGCGGAGCAUCAACGGAGAGCUGUAUGCGCCGCUGCAGCACGUCAGUGCCGUUUUACCGGGUGGAGCGGCCGACCGAGCCGGUAUAUCCAAGGGGGAUCGCAUUCUCGAAGUUAAUGGUGUAAGUGUGGAGGGGGCCACCCAUAAGCAGGUGGUGGACCUGAUCCGUGCCGGGGAGCGGGAGCUGGUGUUGGCCGUCCUGUCGGUGCCCCAGCCGGAGACGGACAGCCUCGACCCCGGUGACGACGGCUCGGUGCAGUCCUGCUACGACUACAGCGACAAGCAGGCUGUGCCCAUCUCUGUGCCCACCUACAAGCACGUGGAGCAGAGUGGCGAGAAGUUUGUGGUAUAUAACGUGUACAUGGCCGGCCGACAGUUGUGCUCUAAGCGCUACCGGGAGUUUGCCAUCCUGCAUCAGAACCUGAAGCGGGAGUUCGCCACCUUCACGUUCCCCAAGCUUCCGGGGAAGUGGCCCUUCUCCCUGUCCGAGCAGCAGCUAGACACCCGCCGGCGAGGCCUGGAGGAAUACCUGGAGAGAGUCUGUUCCGUGCGGGUGAUUGGGGAGAGUGACAUCAUGCAGGACUUCCUAUCGGAGUCAGAUGAGGUAAGUCAGAAUUAUAACGGGGUUUCUGAUGUGGAAUUGAGAAUAGCCAUGCCGGAUAAAGCCACUAUAACUGUCCGUGUGCGGAAAAACUGCACUACAGACCAGGUCUACCAGGCUGCGGUAUUGAAGGUUGGGAUGGACAAUAUUACUGCCAGUUACUUUGCCCUUUUUGAAGUCAUCAAUCAUUCCUUUGUGCGGAAACUGGCCCCCAACGAGUUCCCUCACAAGCUGUACGUGCAGAACUACACGUCGGCCGUGACGGGGACCUGCCUUACCCUACGUAAGUGGCUCUUCACCACCGAGGAGGAGACCCUGCUCAACAACAACGAGCUGGCCAUCAACUUCUGCUUCCACCAGGCUCUGGAUGACGUGAAGAAAGGACUCAUUAAGGUGGAGGAGAAAUCGUACCAGCUGCAGAAACUGGCCGAACAGAGGAAAAUUUCCAUGGUGAGUGUCACCAUGUAUCUGAACAUGGUGAGGACUUGUGAGGGCUAUAAUGAGAUUGUCUUUCCUCACUGUGCUUGUGACUCACGCCGUAAAGGCCACGUUGUCACGGCGAUAAGUAUCCACCACUUCAAACUGCACGCCUGCACCGACGAGGGAACCUUGGAGAAUCAAGUGAUUGCGUUCGAGUGGCUGGAGAUGCAGAGGUGGGACACAGAUGAGGAGGGUAUGGCUUUCUGCUUCGAGUAUGCACGGGCCGAGAAGAAACCCCGCUGGGUGAAAAUCUUCACUCCAUACUUCAACUACAUGCACGAGUGCUUUGAGCGGGUCUUCUGUGAGCUCAAAUGGAGGAGAGAGGUGGAGGAAGAGGCCACAGAUAAAGACAACAAGAACUGCAGUAAAGAUGAAUAUCUUCCAAAUGUUGAGGCACAGAAGGGAUGGAGGCACCUGAGGCACGAGAUCGUCACCCCCUGAACACACACACACACACACACAUACACACACACGAACACACACACACACAGAAACACAACUCAGAGGAGCCCUGGUCCAACUCAGUCACAUGUGGGGUGGCUUGUGCAUCACAGCCUGCCCACUAAGUCAUUACAUUCAAAAGAAAAAAGAAUAAAAUCUUCAGUACAUACAAUAGUGGAAAUACGCAAACAAGCUUAAAAGGUGAAUUAAAAGACAUUUUCCAGACUUCACUCAUCAUCUCUUUGGGGACUAAACUGACUUGAAUGGCGCUGAAAGUUUCUGAUGAGACUUUUUGUGAAGAAACUGAUGAGGUAAAGGUCCAGGAGACUGGCUACAUUCUCUUUAAGUACAUGCUGGACAUGAUGGGUCUGUGUACCCCCCCCCCCCCAGCUCCACUGGUCCUAAAGACUGGCCCCUGCACUGUGAUUGGUCCUGGUGACUGAAGCAUGCAGGGUAACUCCUACUAGUCCCUACUACCUGUGAACAUUUUUAAUCAUGAGGCAGGAUGAACCGGGGGGGGGAACCAGGUUGACGAGAGCAAGAGUCUAGGAUGUAUGUCCAGGCACCUGCCAUGGUUGCCACCGGCAACAUCAUCCUGAUGCUUAACAAACGCAUCACGUAAAACAGCGUGGCCCUCAGAGUGUAUCAGCACAAAGCACUGGUUUAGAGUCUGAACAGAGGAACCACAAGGACAUCAUUCCAAAGUGCAGAUGUAAAACUCCACAGUCCACUAGGACACGCAGGACCAAUGAGACACGAGCGUCUUCUGCCAGGACAUGCAGGACCAAUGAGACCAAUGAGCAAGUGUCUUCUGCCUCUCAGCAGAGGCUGUUUGACUGCUGCAUUGUCCUUUCCAAUUUGUUGGCAGUAAGACUUUUGUUUAAUGCUUCUUUGAUCACCCCCCCCCCCCCCCUUUUAACAUUUAAGGUAAGCUCUUUUAGGGGUAAGCAAGUGUUUGUUUGUUUGUUUUCAGUUUAAACACAUUUUAUUUGUGAGGAAUUGCACCAGUGUGUGCAGUACUGUGUUGUGCAGUACAACAGUAUUAUGAUCUACACUCACGUUUAACCGUCGGAACUCACACAACCCAGCGGCAGGACUAGAGAAUGUGCAGCUGGUCGUCUCUCUUGGGUUCGGUCCGGUCAUAACUUUCCUUGUCUGUAAGUACCAUAAAUGCUGUGAAGUUUAAGGUCUGGAGACAUUUCAUACUGAAUAUGUCCAAUACAGUCAUGCAACACAAAACAAUCGCACUAAUACUCAUGGGAUUUUUUUUGGUUUUUAUGUGCAUAUCCAUCUAAGUUGCUCCUUGGUAAGAUGAUUCCUUUGGAGGAUUUGUUGUUGCUGUUUGUUUUGUGGUUCUUGAAAAACAUGAAGCAAUCAGACCUGUUAAGGAAGGUAUUCAUGUGUGCAUGGCCACCAAUAUGCAGGUAAGGGACGGCCCAAAGUCGUGUUUCAGUUUUGUUUGGUUGUUUGUUUAAUGUUUUGUUUUGCUAGCAUUUAGCGUGUCACUUUGUGGCCUGUGUCCUCUACGUGAGCAGUAGGUACAGUAGCUUUGACCUCUUGCAGGGUUCUUUAGUCCCUUACUGCUGGGUGAACUCUGUAUACAUUUUCCUGUCACGUUUGUUUCCUGUAUUUCUUUUUAAAGUCUGUUUCCUUUAGCGCAGGCGCAUGCGAGUUUGGUGAUGAGGCCCAGUAAUGAUUUGCACUUAAAGUAUUAACUCUGUGUGACCUGUACCCUGCCAUCUUGGCGCUGAGGGGUUUGUUUCUGUCUGUGCAUGUUACCUCAUUCACUAACACAUGGACAAUCUGAUUUACCACCCCCCUCCCCCACCUUAAAGGUUUAAAUUUACUACAUAUCAUACAUGUAAUGUACCAUCAUGUGUCAGUUGAAGCAAGUUCUUUUUCCCCCAGUGUAACUCAUUCCGGAUAGUAACCGAACGCAGACGCCGUCCGGUUAUGUUAAGGGGAAACUGAGAUUCUGCUCCCUGAGUUUAAAAUCCUAAUGCGUCUGACGUGUAUAUUCAGUAUCUCCCCAAGAACGUUCAGUGUCUCUGUGCAGUCAGGCACUUACGUUACAUACGUUACGUCACUAGACUGGUCCGACAUUCCCGAAUAUCAAGAAGUAUGAGCACACUGGAUUAUCAGUAGUGAAAACACACACACACACACACACACACGUAGCGUAGUGUUUAGGGGCUCAGAGGUUUCAGUGCACCUCAUUAUUACAGAAGAGCUCUGCUUACUGUACAGCUACAGCACCUGCUGUUCCGCCCUCCAGCCGUUGGUGGAUGUGCUCUGUUGGUCCUGGACGCACUCCAGGUUAAAUAACCUCUCAUUUAUUUGAAUAUCAGACAAGAUCUUUCUGAACUGUAUUUUCAGCAGCACGUGUUUUAAGCAAAUCUUUUCUAAUGAAGUGUAUAGACCGUUGUCACAGAGCCAUUCUGAAGGACACAACAGUAGUGACCUGAAACGCGCCAGGUGGAAAACCUGUUGGCAGAUGAAGCAAAAAGUCACACAGAAGUGUUUGGAAACAAGCAGAUGAAAUAAUUACAUCUAUAAUGUGUUUGGUAAAGUUUGUUCACAGCAUUAUAAGAAAUUGUAAGAUAUUCUUUUAAAUAAAUCAUUUUAAUUGAG